CUCCAGCGUUUGCAGGAGGAACAAACAGGCAAGAAGAGGAUGGAGAAACUGGAAUGGAUGUAUGCAACCCCAGCGACCGGGAGCAAUCAAAAUGCCAACGAGCUGGAGGAUUAUUUGCUAGGGAAGAAGCGAGUUGACAAGAUCUUGACGGCGGACGAAAAUGAGAAGAUUGGCGCAGCCCACAAGAACUUUAUCGCCACCCAGUACGCCAACACCGCUCGCGACACCGCCGCCAAGAUCCGUGAGGACCCCUUACUUGCGAUCAAGCAGCAGGAGCAAGCGGCCUACCAAGCCCUCAUGUCCAACCCCCUUCGUCUUCGUGAAAUGCAGGAACGCACUGGCAUCAAGCCCAAGAAGGAAAAGAAAGACAAAAAGGAGAAAAAGGAGAAGAAACAGAAGGACAAGCAUAGGGAUCGCUCUGCGUCGCCACGCGAUGAGCGGCGCAGGUCGGAUUCUCGCGACGGCCAUUAUUCCAGGCGGUUGCCCAGUCCAUCUAGACAGCGUUCACGCUCUCCAGCUCCUCGCCACAGCCGUGACUACUCUCGCGGACGCGACCGUGACGACGACUACGCUCACAGACGACGUGGCCGCAGUCGCACUCCGGACUCCUAUCACCGCCGCGACCGGAGCGCGAGUCCCGACAGGAGAAGGGAACUCAGGCGCGACAACAAUCAGGUCCGUACAUGGCCGAAGUCGGACGAGUCAGACGACAACGGUCUUGAAAGGAGAAAGGCGAGAGAACAUUCUGUGGAUCGCAAGAGACGAAGAAGCCGAAGCAGGAGUCCUAGACGUUAUGACUCAUUUCCGCCUAAGCGUUCUCGCCUAAGCCCGCCUCCGCGGCGGGCACCGCAGGGCGACAGGGACGCUCGACCGUCACAGAGCGCAGAGGACCGUGCCGCUCGCCUCGCAGCUAUGACCGUAGAUGCGUCGAGUAUGACGGUGGAACGCAAGGAACGGCUCGCGCAGCUCCUGGAGCAGGAGAAGCUGGAAGCAGAAGCGGAGGCGCGCGUGAGGGCGAAGUCCAAGGGUAUGGGUGGUUUCCUCAGCCAGGAACAGAAGAAAGUUUUCGGAGGAGAGGGUGGCAUCGAGGAACGCAUUCGGAGAGGACGGGGGCAGAUGCGCGUCGAUGCCGAUUGAGCCACCUCGCGACAGACGUGUUUCCAUUUGACCCGUUCGGUAUGGUCAUCCCCCCCUUAUUGCCGUGCUAUUACAUACGCGUGUUGUACUUAUGUCUUGUACCCUACUCCCAAUACCCUCCCGAUGGACCUAUGUAUGCAUUGCGAUCAUCGCCACUGU